AUGCGGUGCCGGGGUUCCAGCGCCCGGGACUCGUCCCGCAGCCUGGCCCGAGAGGUGCAAUCUGGGCGUCCGGACUCCUCGCCCGGGCCUCGGCAGCCGCCGCCCGGACACACCCCCGCCGCCGCCCCGGCUCUCCUGGCCCCGGGGGCAUCGCUUACCUGUGUGCGGCAAGCCUGUCCGCCGCCCGCGGGCUCCAGAAGCCGCGGCUGUGCUGCCUCUGACCGGAGGCUCCGCGGCCCUUGUCGUCUGGGAGAGUCUGCGCCCAGAGCGGCAGGAGCAGGAAGAGGCAGAGUCCGACGGGCGGCGGCGGAGCCUGGGCGGCUGGAGGAGGAGAAGGAGGAGGACUCGGAGCUCCGCUCAGGGGAGAGCCACCCUCCUCCUGGCCGCUCUGCAGCAGCCGCCGCCGAUCACUUCCGGGCCGCCGGGAGCGGGGCGGGGCCGACCGGGAGUACUUCCGGCCCGCGGGCGCAGAGCGGAGUGAUGGCGGUCAGGGCUGGAGAACAAAGGCUCUCGAGGGCGCGGGUUGGCCGGCCUCCGCCCCCUGUGUCUCUCACGGGCGGCCCUUCCUUCGACUCUGCGCUCGGGGAGGUGAAGUCACCUCCCGGGGGUCCGGGAGUGGCCCCGGGCCUCGCGGAGGUUCUCGGGUCGCGGCGUCCUGUCUUCUGCUGGGGACCGGGAAGAGGUUCUCGGGAAGGGAGGGGAGGCCGCCAUCUUGCUUGCUGGGGGCAGCCUCUUCUCCCCAGGCGUCGUUGGGCGGGGGCCGCUGUGUCUCGGGGCCGGGAUUUUCCCGGUGUGACGUGGCGUGUCGUGGUCUUAGUCUUAGGUGGCGGCUGGACGCAGGUUCUGGUUGGGGGUUUCGGGGCUCUCCAGCCUCGGGAAACCGCCCUCGCCGAUGCUCCGCGGCUGCUUCCGAGGCGCGCAGGUCGCCUUCGUGCAGCAGGUGUGAUGUCGGUGUGGCGCCGAGAUCGCCCUGCGGCCCACAGCGCAGAUCGAGUGGCAUAAGUCUUUUCACUAAGUUGGCUGCUGUAUUUAUGUCCCUCCACAGAUUCGAAGUAGAUACUUUGCCCAUCGUCCGGUAGCAGAUUCUUAUUUCUUGAUACUUAUUCAUUCUCAUUGCUUCUCCGUCUCCAAUUUGAGUAUCAUCCACGUGCUUGGCAUUACCCGCUGAAGGAAUGUCCGAGUGGACCGACAGGAAAGCAAACAAUUGUAUCUAGAACUAUAGUGUAUCAAGGUGCACAGAGGAAAGGACUAAAACUCGACGUUAGUGUUUUGAAGCUACAUAGGCAUUUUUCCAGCAUAAAAAUAGUGGAGAAGGCAAAUUCGGAUCCGUACAGGAAAGCUGUGCAUCACAGGGUCAACUAAUUGAGAAAAGGCUGAGUAGUAAUUACAGGUCUUAAAAGUUCAAGCUUGGGUCGCUGGAAAAGAUGAGGCCGCCGAAACAGAAGCCACAUCACGAACUCCUUGCCCUUAUGACACGGUGAGCGAGUAAUGGCGCUGGGCAGAUUUACAAUGUAAGCUAUUCUUUUGUUGGAGAGGGGCAGAUUAGUUGCUGGGGAAGAGCAGGGCAAAGCGUUGAGACGAGGAGCCAUUGGAGAACUCAAGAAGAUUAAAGACAAGGACUGUUGUGACAGUGAGCGUCCAAAAGAAAUAGAGUUCUAUAAUAUUAGGAGACCAGACCGUCUGAUAAUUGGUUGCUGAGGACAGCUGGAAAGUGAGUUCAGCUUUCGACUUUGUGAGUUUGAAGAAUGGCAGUUCUUAACUUGAGUCGAGGUCUGGGGAGGUGAACUGACGUUAGAAACACCACAGGAUUAUGUGAUCUCAUCAAGAGGACUGCAGUUUCAAAACCACUUCUCCUUUCUCCCUGCCUUAACUUGGGAAAAUUCCUUGAGUGUUACAUUAAAAAAAAAAAAAAAAAUCCCAA